AUGCGUGAAAAACGACCAAAGAAUAAUAAUGCAACUGGUAAAGAGUAUCACAAAUGUUUUUCUUCUAUGGAACUCUAUUGUAUAUUUUUAUUGCUUAAAGCUGGUUCUCCUUCCGAUGAAAACUCUCUGGAUUCGGCUCGAUCGUGGUCGGCGGCGAUCCAGGCGGCUUUGAUGCCAGUCACACCACAGUCGUCCAUCGGUGGCCACAAGAGGGGUAAUGAGAUAGCGAAACUUCAGAUUCCCGGUGAAGGUAAUCAGAAAUUGAGUUCGGAUUAA